AGGCAGAACGUUGGAGCCUGGAGCCACACAGAGCCGAGCUCGUCAUCUUGUUGUUGUCGGGAGAAGUCGUGCGUCCUGCGCGACGAUGUGUAAGAUCCGAGCUCUGCGGGCGCUGGUGGACCAGCGGCUGGGCGCGGCGGUGGAGGAGAUCUUCAGGCUGUUCGAGGCGACGCUGGCGGAGUACGAGGAGGAGAUCGAGAGGCAGCGCGGUCUGCUGGAGGCGGCGGCGGAGCGGCCCGUCAACAAGGCGGAGGUUGCACCACUGUUGACAGUUAAACAAGAGGCCCCCUCUGAGCAACAGGGGGCAGCAGAGCCCCUGUACAUUAAAGAGGAAGAGGAAGAAUUCUGGAGGAGUCAGGAAGGACCGCAGCGGCAAGGACCGGAGGAGGACGACAUGGCCAUGGUCCCAUUGGUUGCUGUCUCUGCUAAGAUGGAAGGCGGUGAAGAGAAAGCUCAGGAGAACCGAGAGGCGGAGCCUGCAGCCAGCAGCUCGGAGCAGCAGAUGGAGGCCGACUCUUCUGAGUCUGAGACUGAGUGCAGUGACGACGAUGCGAAGGCGACCAGUGAACCUCAGCGAGGUGCAACUUUUGUCAAACAAAACGAAGUCCAUAUCAUCGUGGAAAAAUGUCUCUGCAACAUUGGCAGGAAAAUGUACAGGUGCUCCGAGUGUAAUAAAAGGUUCAGCCUGAAGGGAUCUCUGCAGAGACACAUCAGAGUUCAUACAGGAGAGAAACCAUUCCCCUGCACGGUGUGCGGAAAGAAAUUUGGCCGGAAACAGCAUUUGCAGGAACAUUUGAUCAUCCACACAGGAGAGCGACCGUUCAGUUGUUCGGUGUGCGGCAAAAAGUUCCGUUACAAGGCGGGCAUGAGGAAGCACAUGAGAACACACGAGUGUAACUGUGGAGACAUUCACACGUGACGGCUCACGCGGGUUUAUCCUGAUCGGCCUCUCCUCCCUCACAUCUGACUCUGUGGCUCAGAUGCAGACUGAAUAUGUACAUCUCAGUUUCUUUGUUAACGUGUUGGAUGUGAAAAGUUCAUUCUUGUCCUUGGAAACACAAAUUACCUUCAUGAUUAAUUUACUAUCAUUUUCCCAAUGGUGAACAAAUAGUUUCUUGCCGAGCUAACUAAGAAAACUCCAACCUGAUGACCAUGAGUGGGAGGUCAAAAGCUCCAGAAAGAGCUGUUGACUUGAGUUAACGUUAUUUUGUUUUUGCUUCAUAUUCUGUUAAAAUGUGAUCCGAGACAAAUUGCCUUGUCAUGUCUUCAGCUUUUACUUUUUACAUUUAACUUUUUACGUUUGACUUCUAUCAUUGUCUGUUUGAAUGUACAUUUCCCGAAGGUGAAAUGUCAGUUAGUGAACAGGGAUUCAUGCUGUGAUGAUUUAAGAGAAAGAUAAAUUACUGAUCAUUUUUGAAUACCAUGUCAAAUUACAGAUGAUCCGACAGGACGCAGAUUUUAUCUUUAUAUUGUGAACUGCAGGUUUUUUUCUCCACACGUUUGGACAGCUGUUUGGGUUUUUUUUAUCCGGAAAGUAUCAAAACGACAAGUACACGCGAGUGCCUGGUAUUACGAACUAUUACUGCAUGAUGCACUAAAAUUUGUAUUCCAAUAAAAUAGUUGCAAUCAA